GUUGAACGUACAUGAGCUAACGUCACUUUAGAGUUCCUCACUCCACAGCGUUCGUUAGUAUAUCCAUUUCACAGCUUUCCUGUUAGAAGACAGAAGCUCCAGUCCUCUACAGUGGAAUGCCCUGACAUUAGGAAAUUUGAAAGUACUUUUGUGUAUUUAUUUUUUUGCUGACGGCGACUACGAGGAAUCCUGACGCCCUACGGACAGCGAGCGAGCCGCACGGGAAGGGGGAAUUACACGGCUUAAAGUUGGAAAAGGAAAAGCGAUGAUUCCGUUCCACAUUUUCGCCUUGUUCGUUUUAGGUCACUACUUUCUACAGGCUGAGUGUCAGACUGGUCAAAAGUUGUCCUUUAUGUGGACGAAUGAGUUUGAAGGCAUUCUGACCUUGGCACCAACGAAGCCUUUGAUGGCAAAUUGCACCUAUGGCUUUUUUUCAGAAACAAAUGAGCAAUACAGUGGACACGAGUACAAUUCCACAUCCCCUUAUUAUACUUUCAACGAGAUGAUGGAAGGAGGAUAUGUGCAUUUUUCUGUUGAAACUGUCUGUAACGGCCGAAGGAGCAAUAAAACUGUCCUCAACAUCACCUACCCAGAAAUGGUAAAGAAUGUGAAGUGCUUUGUCUAUUCGCCUGAAAACGCCCGCUGCUCCUGGGACUUGGCUGUUCCCAAGUCAUUUGUCAGAUUUUACUAUCGAGUGCCCAACGCAGAUUCAGCCCCAUUACAAGAGUGCCCCUCGUAUAUUUACGAGAAAGGCCUCACGACUGGCUGCGAAUUGCAGACGAACGUCACGGAUCGUGUCGUCAUCUUGUUCAAUGGAACGGCAAACAAGACGUUUUUCAGGAAUACCUUCUCGAGGCGGCUUAAAGAGGAUGUGAGACUACCCGCCCUUGAAUGGACAGUCAAGAAGACUGGGAAUAAAUUCAAUAUCAGCUGGGUUCCACCCGAGUUCAAAUUUGAUUUUCUACGUUACUUAAUCAAUUACACGGAGUGCAAUAAACCACUGUAUAAAGAGAUAAAAGAGGUAGAAACAACCAGUUACAAUCAGCUGGAAGUAGUGCCUCACUGUCAGUACCGCAUGACUAUUCAAUAUGAAUAUGAAUCUAAAUACAAUAGGAUCAAGACUCCACCAAGUGAAGAGAAGUAUUUUGACGCAGAGACUAAUCCUCAUGCGUUGAUCUAUGCUACUGCUGUCAUCCCACUGAUGUUUGCUGUCCUGGCAGUUUUGAUGUUGGUGUUUUGUAGGAGGAACAAGGACCGUAUUUUCCCCAAAGUCCCGCAGCCUCGGAAUCUCCUCAGUGAUAUUGCUGACAACAAUAACAAGAGCAAUUUGCACAUAUCAGCGGAGGAUAUCGAGAACUGUAAAAUCAUGCUGGUGCUGGAUUCUGAAGUCAACAAACCAUUCCUCCACUGACCCAACACGCUCCAGAGCGCAAAAUUCUUACUCGGAGGCAAAAAAAAAGAGAGACACAUUUAUGUUACGGCUCCUUUGCUUGUUGAGGAACCAGGUGCGUGAACUCAAACCUCCACUGGACAAAACAAGACUGGUAGCUGUUACACAGGAUGAUGUUGAAGGAUGGACACGUCAAAUAUGGGCAUUCAUUCACUCACUCACUCACUCACCUUCUACCGCUUUAUCCUCCACAAAAGGGUCACGGGGGACGCCGGCGCCAAUCUUGGCUUUGAUAGGGUGAAAGGCGGAGUAGUUCAAACUUCCACAGUAAUUGCAGCUAUAAUCACAUACAUCAUAUACCAACCACCUUAUUAUCUCUCACAGAAACGCGCUAUGAACACACACUGUGUGCGAGUGUGAGAGGGUAUUAUCAUAAUAUCCAGUGAUUGUCGACUACCUUUUUUUUUUUUUGCUUGAAAUGGCCGUUGCUUGAAUUUCCCUCUUUUCUUUGUGAUCAAAUCAUUUUAGUUCCAAUAAUGUCGAUGAAGCCUUUGCUACAUGCGUUCGUACAGGUUCACAUUGAUGUCAAACAUUACUGCUGAAUGCUUUUGGUUCUUUUAAUAUUGUUGUGGAGACAUGUUCAUUUUUCAUUCAAACAUCAGGAUUUGGCGUGGUACGCAGAACAAACGCUUAAAUGAAGCGAUGAAGUGGCAGCCAGCCAACGACUAUACAUUUGUUUAUGUGCAAAAAACGGCAUAUUGUUUACUCAUCUUAUCAGUCACCUUGUCGAGUUUGGCCAGGUUAUGCAGCUUCCUCCUCGUCUGCUGCUCCCCCACGUUGCUGAGAGCUUAGCCCAGCCCCCUGCCUAGCACAGAAAUUGAAUUCUGCUGAGGUAAAAGUCACUGAAAGGGUGUCUCACAAGCUCUGAUGUCAAUGUGCUGACCUCUCGUGAAUGUACAGACAAUGUCACUGUUUACAGUUUUUUUUUUUGAUAAAGCUAGAGUCUGAUCCUGUAUCCUUAGAUUAUUUAAUCAGGUGCGCAGUGUUGCCAACUUAAAGGGCUAAUAACUGCUGACUUAACGUAGUGCGCAAACUUUUAUAAAUGUCAUAAUUGCUGUUUAUUCGUAUAUGAAGGCUGAAUGACAUCCUCAGUAAGGAGAUUUUGGUUAUCCCCACUAAUUUGUCUGUAUAAUUUCUCAUAAACAUGUAUUUGGUUUUGUUUUAAGAGAAACUCUUUGGACCAAAUUCUGACAUUUUGGGAAACAGAUAAGUCUUAGCCAAAAAUGAGGAAGGCUUCCUACAUGACCACAGGUCAAUGUCCAGUACAGCAGACUUCAUUUAUAAUUGGGGUGAUGUUUCUCUCAACUGAUAUGAAUUUCCUUGCAAGAGCCUUAAACUUUUCACAACAUCCGCUUCAAAUUAUGUCUGACUUGCACUGAGCAAGGAAAGGCGAGGGCUUUCACUAAGUAUUCUUAGACACUUAAAUCCACGCGCAGCAAAGUUAUCACUUGACAUCUACUAAUACAUUUCACACUUCUGGGGGACCGGAUCACAUUCUGAACCAUUAAUGAUGCAAUUUUAAACUUAUUCUGUGGGUUCAAAUGCACAGAUCGGCUAUACCAGUAAAACCAGUUACAGGUUUUAAAGCUGCAGCGUAGUACGCAUCAUUCCAUAUCAAAACAAACACUUUUACUUUGAAAUUCUGUGAAAAUAUUGUCAUGAAUAUCUUUAUUGCGAUAUCUUGAUGAAAUAUUGUGUUACAACUCUAAGCUCAUAUUGCCCAGGUGCUAUUGAACAGUUGUCGUUGUGCCCCCAUAUUUUUCUCUAGACCAGACUAGAUGUUCAUUGAACAUUUGAUUUUGAUACCCUUUUGUUACAGGUUCCUUUUCUUAUUUUGUCCCUGAGGUGAAAAGAUGUAGAGCAACACUGUGUGUGUGUGUGUGUGAUCUGAUGCAAUCUUGUUGUAACCACACUGAUGAAAUUCUAUAUGCAACUGCAUCACCUUUUUCACCUACAUGUGGAAGAUGUGUACUAUGAGAAUAAAUACGACUAUAAGCUGCA